AUGUCGGUUAUCGCGGAUAUUCGCAGUAGACGCUGUUUCACCGAUCGUAAGUGGAACUCUGUUUCGAACGAGAUUCCGUCUUGUAGUUCGACAACAUUUCGGUUAUUUAAAUUAUGUUACGAUGAUAAGUCUCGGGAUGAUAGCUGGUGUGAUGGGUUCUUUUAUCGGUACUCCCACGGAUCUAGUAUUAAGACGGAUCUAGUAUUAUUUCGCAUGGUGGCAGACGUAAAUUUGCCACCAGGAGAGCGAAGAAAAUAUAGGAACGCCGUUAGUGGUAUCUUUAACAUAUGGAAAACCGAAGGACUUUUUGGAUUAUGGAGAGGAGCGGUACCCACGAUGGGUAGAGCAGCGAUUGUAAAUGGAGCACAAUUAGGUACAUACACAAGAGCGAAGAAGUUACUGCAAGACACAGGAUAUAUUAAAAAUGAUAUACCACUGCAAAUUACCGCUGCCAUGAUGUCUAGUGUAAUUACGUGUUCCGCUUCGAUUCCGAUCGACGCAGCUAAAACUAGGAUUCAAAACUGGAGGCAACCUAUGAAACCACCUGGUGUUCUGGCUAUGAUCGUUAAUAUUGCUAAAAAGGAAGGUGUAAUGUUGUUAUGGCGCGGUUUUCUUCCAUAUUAUUCCAGAGCAGCGCCCAAUACGGUAAUUACCAUGGUAUGCGUUGAUCAACUUCAUCAAAUGUACUCGAAAUUUUGCUCGAUAUCGUAA